AGUGAAGGGACAAAGAAUAAAAAAGAAAAAAAUCUUGUUUGGACGAGACCAACUAACCUGAUUUCGCUCUGUCUGCAUCUCAUAUAAAAGCCUCACCAUCUCAAUCCAGGGAUAUCUCAUCUCUUGGCUCUCAGCAGUCAUGGGAAUUACAAAGAAAUGGGCCGCAUGGGCCACUCUAAGUUGCUUGGUUUUCUCUGUCUCUGAAGGAUAUUUUAAUGGUGGUGGCGGCGGUUAUGGCGGUGGAGGAAAAGGUGGAGGCGGGGGAGGAGGAUACGGUGGAGGUGGCGGAGGAGGAUACGGUGGAGGUGGCGGAGGAGGCCACGGUGGAGGUGGCGGAGGAGGAUACGGUGGAGGUAGCGGAGGAGGAUACGGUGGUGGUGGAGGAGGUGGAAAAGGUGACACCAUCUUCAUUGCUGUUCCUAUUCAAAGUGGAGGCGGACAUGGAGGAGGAGGUGGCGGAUACGGCGGUGGAGGAUCUAGUGGCGGUGGAUAUGGCGGUGGAGAAUCUGGUGGCGGCGGCUAUGGAGGAGGUGGAAAAGGAGGCCUUGGUGGCCUAGGAGGAGGCUAUGGCGGUGGAGGAGGAGGUUAUGGUGGAGGUGGAAAAGGAGGUUUCGGUGGCUUAGGAGGAGGUUAUGGAGGCGGAGGUGGAGGUGGAAAAGGAGGAUUCGGAGGUCUAGGAGGAGGUUACGGAGGAAGCAGUGGAGGAGGAUACGGUGGAGGUGGAUCUGGAGGUUAUGGGGGCGGUGGAUCCGGUGGAGGCGGAUACGGUGGUGGAGGCGGAGGUGGAAAAGGAGGCAGUGGUGGAGGAGUAGCAAUUGUUGGAAUCAGCCUAACUAAUCUUGGCGGUGGUGGUGGUCAUGGUGGUGGCGGUGGAGGUGGAUACGGAGGAGGAUCUGGACUCGGAGGUGGAUACGGUGGUGGAUCUGGAGGCGGCUAUGGUGGUGGAAAAGGAUUAGGUGGAGGUUCUGGUGGAGGAUAUGGUGGCGGAAGCGGAGGUUACGGCGGUGGUGGCAAAGGAGGCUUCGGAGGAGGUGGAGGAGGAUAUGGUGGUGGCGGUGGAAAAGGUGGCUUUGGAGGAGGAGGAUAUGGUGGCAGCGGUGGAAAAGGUGGUUUUGGAGGAGGAGGCGGUGGUUACGGCGGCGGCGGAUUCGGUGGCGGUGGAUAUGGCGGUGGAAAAGGAGGCGGCGGUGGCGGAGGAUACUAAAAGAGAAAUCGAAGAAAAGUGAUAAAAACUCCUGUUUUCAACUUCUUCCAUUAGAUUGAAGAAAAAAAAUCUGUGAUGUUACCAGAACUUGCCACACCCGAGAAAGAUGGACAGGGAAAAAUAUGAUUUUUUUUUACCCUUUUGCAUCCACAUGGAUCUCCCAAUCGAGCAACUUUUGGAUAAAAGUUAACUAAGUGUACCAUAAUUGUGUAAUUUAUAUGUAUAGACAUUUCAUCUGUCGAAGUGAGUGCGGCAAUAAACAUGUGAUUUUGUACAGUUUAAA